AUGGAUCCUCAGUUCGCUACCGUUACCUUUGUAGGUGAGGGGGAUGGCAUUCACGCUGGCACCUUUCGCGUUCCAAUUAGCCAUGAAACAACUAUCAGACAACUUGCUAAGGACUCUGUGCAGCGCUUCGUUCUCUCUCGUCGAGGCAGCAAGCAAACAUCACCUAUACGAGUGACAGAAGUGCGCGUGGGCGGCUGUACACCGUCAUGUGCUGAGUUAUUUUCCAAGGAUAUGGUCACGCAGGUUGUGCUCGUAAAAGAGGAGGUCAUAUUUAUGAAAUUGCAAUUUGCUGCAGCCCUUCCUGCGAAGCCAGAGCCUGAGGUAGCUUCGGUACCCAAAUCGCUCCCACCUGCAUUGCCUUUGCCAUUAGAGGAGGGCAAACUUAACGAUUGCUCCAGGGCGACAAAGCUUCCUGAACCUUCAGGGUUGGCAGCAACUCAUUUCGAAACGGACAAGGUAUACUCUGAAUCAACUCAGGGAACUCAGAAUAGCCUUGUGCAUGUGGCGCCUUCGUUUUCGUCGAAGAGGCGUGCUCGGAUUGAGGAGGAGACUAGUCAGGAUGUUUUGGAGGCGGUGCGGAGUAUUCAAAAGCUAGAGCGCGCCCGUCUGGGCUGGGGUCCUGAAGCAAGUAAGCACUUCCCUGACAACUACGUUUCAAGCCCACAGAAGCUGAUGCGUAGGCGUAAAGCCUCCGCACCCAAGACGAGCGCAAAGCGGCAAGAUCACCCUGAGAGUAAGUCGGACAAGGCAGCAGCCCUGGGUAUCAAAGCGUCGGUCGGGUCUCUGCCCCCAGGGUGGGGACCUGAGGCGCAUAAAUGCUUUCCUUCCAAUUAUGUAUCCUCUCCUGAUCGCUUGGUGCGUGAAAUACGGAGCAAAAAGCGCCGAGAGGAGGCAGAAUUGAAGCAAAAGAUGAUGUUAGAGGAAGAAGAGUCGUCACAGCCAAGUAAACCCAAGCUCGGUCAAUCCUCGACAACUCUUCCCUCAGUUGCGACUGCAAGACAGCUUGAUUUUAGUGAGAUUGAUGAAUACGGGGGCGACCAAACAAGUUGUCGGCCUACUAUAGGUCACAAAGUGAAUCCGAUACUUGUGGGAGAAACAGAGGGCGAUUAA